CAACGACCACGCGGCGUAUACGCAACGCCACGUAGAAAAAGACGAAAUUCGCGCGAUAAGCGAAUCUGCCCGAAAGUCUUCAGCAGUCCUUUACUCUGCCUUAGUCCCGAUCAACUGUUCCGCUUCCAUGUGGCUCGCUCUGUGGCAGCUCGCUUAGCACAAAGACAAUCCGCCUGACGUAUACGCCACAUGGGUCGCGCGUGACACGGCAGCAGCAAGCUGCGUGCUCCUGGGAGGCCCAAACCCACACCCAAGCCAUCCUGCCACCUGCUGUCUGGCCUGUCCCGACUUUAAGCCAAUGCUAAGGCGGGCCUGUGCCAAUGUCUGAAAGUCGACGAGACAGACAUAAAUUCCGAGAACAUAACAGUAUCUGGGGCAGAGCAAAGCAGAGGCAGCAGCAGCCAUAACAACAGCAACAGCUCCGAGCGGAGCGGAGAACGAUAAAUCUUUAACGUGGAUUUUGCAUGUAAGCUAGCAAAAGUCUCCGCCACGGGAUGAUGCAUGAGCCGAGCCGGGAAUUUAAUAUGCACGCUCUCGCUCCCGCUCCCCAGUGCCAUAAGCAACUUCUUGUUUAAAUACUGCAGAACCGGAGCUGGCAGCAGUGAAAGUGCAGCGUUAAUUUGCCCAAUAAAAUGCAGCCUGGAACACCCAUCGUCCCAACCAUGAGGAACUAGCGUUGCGGCCAUAAAUAUCAGCAGCAGCCCCCGAGCAGGGAAAAGAACCAUUCGUGACAAGACAAAGAAAGAAGGAAAGACGUCGGGGAAAGCCAGGGGACCGCAGCAGGGAGCGUGCCGCAUUUAGAGGCAGUCAAACUGCCAGCCGUCGGGCACAUCGCUUCCUGCCUUCUGCUCCUGCCUUCCGCUGAUGGUGCUGCUCCAGCUCUGAGCCGAGCAUUUCCGUUUCUUAUCGCGGCAAUGUAAACGCGUUUCCGUUUAAUGCUCAGCAUCGGCAUCAGGCACACCCACAGUUCCAGUCGCAGUCUGGGAGCGACAUUAAACUAGAAGCUCUGGUCUGGAUUACAAGUAAAUUGGAAAGGAUUUGAAGAUGAGCCCGCAGUCGGCGGUGGUGCUGAUGCUGCGUCUGCUCGGCGCCCUGCUUCUGGCCACUUUUAAUGGUUGGCUGCCAGCGGAGGGACUGCACCUGUCCAGCCUCUCCGUUCCGCGCAUUAUCGAUGUGGCGCAGAAGGCGAAGCUGUUCUGCAGCUACGAAAUGGGAAAUCGGACGCUGAACUCCGUCAAAUGGUACAAGGAUGGGCUGGAGUUUUUCAGAUACUCGCCACUAACACCGCCGACAACAAAUUGGUUCCCCGUGAAAGGUGUCACCAUCGCCGAAGGUUCGUCGCAUUGCAAUCAAUUCAUCUGCAACGUGGAACUGGAGAAGCUCAACAUCCACUCGUCCGGACAGUACCGAUGCGAGGUAUCCGGCGAUGCGCCCGAGUUCAAGCUGAUCGAUCAGACGGCCAAUAUGACAGUCGGUGUCUUGCCUAAAUUCGAUCCAUUCAUAUCGGGUGUGCGCCACGCCUAUAAGUAUCACGACACGCUAAUGGCCAAUUGCAGCUCGGAAUGGUCGAGUCCGGCGGCCAAACUCAUGUGGUACAUCAACAACAAAACGGCGCCCCAGCACAGCCUGCAGCCUCAAGUCAACGAGAUCACACGCAACGUCGAAGGCUUCCCCCUGUUCGCCAGCAACCUGCAGCUGCGCCUCCACCUGGACGACCAGCGCUUCAUCAGCAAGAGCGAGAUGCUGGAGCUGCGGUGCGGCGCGGACAUCAUGGGCCUGGCCAGUGCACGCCGCGAGAGCCGCGUGCGGACCACCGUCCUGGCCCUCAAGGAUGCCGGCACCAACCAGCGAUUCACCGAAAACGGUUCCUGCAUCAGCGGCCGCCCAGCCUCGCUGGCCGCCUGGCUACUGGGCCUCGUCCAAUUGAUGCGAUGGCACCGCUCCCAGAGUUAGUGGCUGGCCUUAAUGGGCGCCCUCUUUGUGGCCUAAGUUUCUAGGACUCACCCACAGAUACAGGUACAGGUACAGGUACAGGCCAAGGUGCAGGUGCAGGUGCAUACGCAGACGGAGGCGACAAAUCAAUCGGGCUCUUCGCACCACUUCGAGCCAAUAGAAAAGUUAACAGCCUAGGCAGCCAACAGUUGAAUGUGUACAUAGUCGAAAUUCUAUUAGUCUAGGACCGUGCAGGAAGCUCAUCCAUUUCCUAUAAGUGUAAUGCAACAUUUGUUUAUGUGUUUGUGUUUGUGUUUGUGUUAUGUGUAAGCAAACAAGAGAAACCCGAAACCCCAAAACCCAAAAAUUGA